AUGACCAUAAUCUACGUGAUCGAGGAUGAGAUGCGUCGGACGCAGAAGAACAAGGCCAUAGAAUACUAUUUAGGUCUAUUGAAAGGAAAGCUUGCCGGACUAAGAGCCCAGCUUUUAGAGCCAGUGGGAGGUGCUAGCUCUGGCGGCGGUGCGGGAUUCGAUGUCAGCAAGAGCGGCGAUGCACGAGUGGCUCUUGUUGGCUUUCCCAGCCUGAAAUCUUAG